GCUCGUCAGAUUGACUCCCGUCCUAAGCUUGUUGCAAUAAGUAGAGUUUUUUUUUGGGUAAGCCUCGGCCCGCAGUGCUCAAAAUGGAUGGAUCCGUGGUGUGAUGGACCCAAUGGACCCUUCACCAGACAGAGAGACACUUUCCAGGAUUUGAGGAGUACAACUCUCGCCAGGCCCCAACCAGUCACCUUGAUCAACACCCAAAUACUCGCGCGCACACCCCUUUGUAAGGAUGACGGUUGGCACGGUAUUGAUCACCGGCGGCACGGGCUACAUCGGCUCGUUCACGUCGCUCGCCCUGCUAGAGAACGGCUACGAUGUCGUCAUUGUAGACAACCUCUACAACUCGUCUGCCGUCGCCGUCGACCGGAUCGAGCUCAUCUGCGGCAGGCGGCCCAUUUUUCACAAGGUCGACGUCACCGACGAGGUUGCGCUAGAUCGCGUCUUUGCCGCCCACCCCGAAAUCGACAGCAUCAUUCACUUUGCCGCUCUCAAGGCCGUCGGCGAGUCGGGAGAGAUCCCGCUCGAGUAUUACCGCGUCAAUGUCGGUGGCAGCAUCUCCCUGCUGCGCUCCAUGGAGAAGCAUGGUGUGAAGAACAUCGUCUUCUCGUCGUCCGCCACCGUCUAUGGCGAUGCGACGCGCGUGCCCAACAUGAUCCCGAUCCCAGAGCACUGCCCGAUAGGCCCGACCAACACAUACGGCCGCACCAAGUCGAUGAUCGAGAGCGUCAUCUCGGACCACGUCAAUGCGCAGCGCAACAACCUCAUGAAGGCUGGAAAGCCGCACGAGGAGUGGAACGGCGCCCUGCUGCGCUACUUCAACCCUUGUGGUGCCCACCCCUCAGGCAUCAUGGGAGAGGACCCUCAGGGUGUGCCCUUCAACCUCCUGCCGCUGCUCGGCAAGGUCGCGACGGGUGAUAGGGAGAAUAUCAAGGUGUUUGGCGAUGACUACAGCUCAAGAGACGGCACUGCUAUCCGCGAUUACAUACAUGUUCUCGAUCUUGCCAAGGGUCACCUGGCAGCGCUCAAAUACCUGCGCGACCAGAAACCUGGCGUGCGCGAGUGGAACCUGGGGUCUGGGCGCGGCAGUACCGUGUUCGAGAUCAUCAAGGCCUUCAGCUCUGCGGUCGGUCGGGACCUCCCCUACGAGGUUGUCCCCCGGCGGCAGGGCGACGUGCUGGACCUCACCGCGAACCCGGCGCUGGCGAACAAGGAGCUUGACUGGAAGACAGAGCUCCGCAUGGAGGACGCCUGUGAGGAUCUGUGGAAAUGGGUCAAGAACAACCCCAAGGGGUACAGGCAGGAUCCUCCAGCCGAGUUCCUUGAAGAGGUCAAGAAAAACCGCAAGCUGUGAGAUCGUUAUAUGUGCGCGAGGCCUUCUUUCAGUUCGUGGUUUCGAUACAAUACAUCCGGCUUUUGAGCAAGGAGGAUCAUAGAUCUUUACAAGGUGUACACCCAAUAAUAAUUUGGCCAUGGUAACUUGGACACCC